AUGGAAGAAUCAAAAAGAAAAGCGCCUCUAACCGGUAGUUAUAAGCUAAAAUACAAAAUAAUUUAUUCAUCAGGGGAGGAUCCUGAGCAUCCAGUUACUCAGUUAUUAUCGACAAAUCCACAGAAUAAAGGUUGGGAGACACCAAAAUUUAGUGACUUCCCUCAUGAAAUUAUUUUUCAAUUUACUAAUAUUGCAAAGGUUACCCAGAUCCAGUUCUUAGUGCAUGAGUACAAGAUCCCAACAUCUAUUUCUCUUUUCUAUUACAUGCCAGAAGGACCUGAAGUUCUGAGCUCCAAGGUGCGCCUGACAGACAUCAAAUUUCAAAAUAUGGGUGAAGUCGAAUUUGCAGAUAAUGAAAAUAGCGAUUUUAAAGCAAGAGAGCUCAAAAGUGUGACCAUGUCUUCAGCCUGCCUCUUGCUUAAAAUGAGAAUCAACAGUUGCUAUAACAAUCAUUUGAAUAUGUUCCACCAAGCUGGAGUCAUCGCUAUCAAUAUGCUGGGUGAGGUAUUUGCCUUGCCAAAUAUUCUCCCAGCUCAAGAAGCCUCUGGAGGAAGAUUUGAAGAUGAAAUGCAGUACGACCCUAGUGUCAUCACUAAACUUAAGGCUCUAUACAUCGCUAAAGAUAAAGCAGUUGCAAGCAUGAAUUACGAAGAAGCAAUUUCUAUCAAAGGCGCUAUCACUCAAAUGAAGAAAUAUGGAGUAAUGCUCAAUCAACUGGAAGAGAAACGAAAGAGAUAUAUGACUAAGAAGAAGUAUGAUGCAGCUAAUGACUGUAAGAAAGAAAUUCAACUAAUGAGAGAUGUCAUCUCCAAUCCAAACAAAAUCUUUAGUAAAGAGACUGUGUUCCAGAAAGUGGGAGAAAGCGUUCUAAAAAAUAUGUGGGGAAGCAAAGCUGAGUAUUAUUCCUCAAAAUUACCAGAGCACUCACAUAUGCUAAAGGGCACACCUCUGGAAGGACUGAAUCUAGUCCCAGUUACUUCUGAUAUUAUCUUAAAAAGCAAGACUGAAAAAUAUUCUCAUCCAAAAAGUGGAGAAGAGUUUGUUUUUAGAGAGGAGAGGAAAACUUAUGAUAAUUUUGAUGAUACUCAGAUAAAACCCUCAAGUCCACAAAAGGCUAAUGACUUCGAUGACCAAGCCAUCCCUACUAUAAUGAACAAUGAAGAGAUGAAGAAACAGUUGGAGAAACUUUUGGAUAGUGAAGAGCCUAAGCGAUACAACCUUGAAGCUAUGGAUCUGGAUGAAGAGACACUAGCUCUUGCCCAACCAAUGCUUCCAGUCUUUGGAAUGACAAUCAUGAAGAAACUCUUUGCAGCUGACUGGAGAUUAAGAGAAGAAGCUGUAAAAGAUGUAGAGAGAGAAGUUAAGCUCGGGUCUAAAUCAGCACUUUGUGGAAAUUGCUCCAAAGAGGAUAUCUUCACUGCAGCAAUGUGUGUUGUUUCACAUGCCAUAUCUGAUAAGAUUUCACAAGUACUUUAUGCAGGGUUUGAUCUGUCUGAUACCUUAGUGUCAGCCCUCUUUCCAAGUGUGACUUCUGCGGUUAGAAAAGAAAUGAAUGGUCAUAUUAAUACAGUGGUCAUGUGGAUGUUGGAUAAAAUAGGGGAUAGUAAUAGUAAAGUUAGGAAUAAUGCUCAUAAUUCAUUACUCCUCAUGAUCGAACAUCCAUGCAUAGGAGUCAAUCUGAUAGUAGAACAGAUUACUAAAGGGCAAGUUAAAGAAACAGCAGCGAAAUCCCAUAGACAUAUAUAUGGAAGAAUGAAUUUACUGAAGGAAAUUGUCAAGAAAUAUGACGUGAAUACAAAAGAUGUCCCAUUGGAUGAAGUUCUUUCUUAUGCUCUUACUGGAUUCAAACAUCCAAAAGAAGAUGUCAGAGCGAUUUCCUACAUCAUGGUGUUUGAAAUCUACAAAAAUAUUGGAAAAGUUUUAAGAUCAUAUAUUGGAAAUCUCCAAAAGAAUCAACUUGAGAUCUUGGAGCAAGGAUUCCAGAGUAUCGAUGCAGGUGCAGAUAUCACUGACAAUGAAGAUGAUGUUAAGUUAUUGAUGAAGAGAAGCCAUGCUCAAGUAGAGAGAACCUUCGGGCAAAGGAAAUCUGAAGGCAGGAUUAAGUCCACCAGUCAAUCUAAUAGAGAAAAACAUGGUACUCAAGCCCAAGAUCCACAAGAAGAGGAUCUUAGUUGUCAGUUCUGUAAAAAGACUGGAUUCACUGAACAAGGUCUUGAUUUGCAUUAUUGGGAGCAAUGUCUCAUGCUUACUACCUGAUUCAUGUGCGAACAAGUUAUUGAAAUUGGAGAUUUCAACAACCACUUGCUUAAUGAGUGUGAAAAGAAAGAUGAAUUUUAUCAAUGAACAAGAUGUAAACAGGCUGUAUUCAAGAAGGGUUUGGAACAGCAUGAAGAAGAAGGCUGCAACCUGCCCAAGAAGAAUGCUAUUAGAUGUCCUCUUUGUAAGAUUGAUUGUGAACCAGCUGGAGAACUUGGAUUACUCACCCAUAUUAUGCAAAAGGGAUGCAAAAACAAUCCAAGAAAAUAAUGAAGAUGUUUCAAUAAU